CUGUCACGUCUUCUCCCCAUCAACAAAAACCUCUUUCCUCCAACGUUCAGCUAACAUCAUCAUGGGGGGCUUUCUGGGCUUCGUCUAUCGCCAGUGGACGGUCAAACCGAAACCUCUGCCACCGGCACUCUCUCUUUCAGGCAAAACAGCCCUAAUCACAGGCGCCAAUAGCGGCUUGGGUCUUGAAGCAGCCCGCGAGCUCGUGUCGCGCAGAUUAUCACGUCUCAUAAUCGCCGUCAGAGACCCCUCCAAAGUCUGGCCUCUCGACCACGACUCCUACGAAAGUAUAGCGGGGUUCGGCAAGCGAACAGAGAAGCUCGAAAGACUCGAUUACGCGCUUCUAAACGCCGGCGUGAAGAUGAUGUCGUACGAGAAGUCGGCGCUGGGCCAUGAGACCAACGUGCAGAUCAACCACCUCGGAACGUCCGCUGUUUCUCUCGCCGUCCUUCCCGCGUUGAAUAAGACGAGUAAGAAGUUCAACACAUCUACGAGACUUACGAUAGUCUCCUCAGAAGGCCACUUCUGGAUCCCCUUCAAAGAGCGCACCGCAUCUAACAUCCUCAUGCACAUGGACGACCCCAAGACAUUCGGCACGCAGCAGCAGCGCUACUAUACCUCCAAGCUCCUCAACGUGCUUUGGACGCGCGAACUAGCUUCCAAAAUCUCGCCGGAGGAAGUCGUGGUUAAUACGGUGAACCCGGGGUUCUGCUAUAGUGGGCUGCAUAGGCAUAGCGCGAGCUUUAUCAACGUGUUCUUGUGGCUUUUUGCAUGGACGCCGGAGCAAGGGGGAAGUUGCUUGACGGAUGCGCUGGUACGGCAGGGAGGAAGUCACGGGGCGUACGUUAGUGAACAGCGGUUGACAGCACCAUCACCCUUCGUUCUCUCGCCUGAAGGCGCCACCGUGCAGAAGAAGAUCUGGAGCGAGACGAUUGCGCUAUUGAAGCAGGAGGCACCCGCAAUCGACAUGUCUAUGGUGGCGUAGUUUCCCAACUACGCUCACGCCUUCAACGACGGAGCUUCCUCCAACGCAGACGCCCAGGACAACCUGAUCCACAUC